ACCAGGGCUUGGGAAGGCUGAUCGACACUAAUGAUGAAAGGCAGAGCCCAUUUCACUGCCGAAAGAAACAGGCCAAAAACACUGACAAAUAAAAAGCCAAGCACCAUUAAAAUUAGUGUUGCCAUUGUGUUAAGCGGCUGAUGGGGAGAAAAGGGUCUGAAGUGAAGGAGAGAGGAGGUGUCACAGGCCUAAAGUUCAUAUUGAUAAAUAGCUCUUUGUUUCUCCGUGGGCAGCAACCACUAAUUCUCGCUGUUUGAUACCACAAGUGCCAACGGGGGCGCUGGGGACAACACGGUUUGAUGGAUGGCUACUUCACCUCUCUCUGUGCUUCUCUAACCCUGAAGCACAGGACUCUUCGGGUGAUGGAGAGUCCAUCUGAGACGGUGCAGGCGUGUGGGUAUGAACAUGGACGCGGCAAGCCACUCGCCACAGAGCCGGGGGCUGGACUGGGGCGUCUUCAGGCUCCCCUGCAACACAUUCUCUUUCGCAUCCCUGGAGCUGCAUGUUUCAGGAAUUCAGGAGCAGGAUUUCAGAAAGGCAAAACGUGGCUAAACGGGAAGGCAGGGAAAGGAAGCAAAAAGCUCAACGCUGAAGCGGACCAAUGACUAAGAAAAAAAUACCAAAAACCUGAGGCUGGAUGCUGUUUGCACAGAGAAAACUGUGUGUGCUGCAUCCGAACGCAUUGAGACAUGUCCCAGGGGGAGGGCGGGGGGAAGAAACAUACGGAGAGAAGUUUGGGAACUUGGAUUUACCAGAGAGGGGGAAAAAAGCAUAGAGGAGGAGGAGGAGGAAAGACUGUCCGUUUUGUUGAGCAUGCACCCCUUGCAAUAAAUUUGAGUCAGCAACUACACGACAGCUCUGCAGUCCUCCGAUGGAACGCUGAUCAGGUGGUUGCAGAGACCCUGGAAACGGCAGUACGAUGCAGCUGAAGAGGCAAAGCACAACCCCCAGACGAACUGUGGCUACCCUGGAGAGCGAGCCGACCUUUGCAUUCCAGUCUUUCAGGGAAACGAUGCACUGAUCUUGCAGCGCGGAGCGGGGCAACCAUGAAGAACUGGGUCUCAGACUGCAUCCUUGCUCUCCUCGUUUUUGUGCCAGCUGUCCAGGGUAUUUGUCCUUCCGUGUGCACAUGCUCAGGAAAUGACAGAAAUGUGGACUGUUCCGGCAGAAACCUGACCACGCUGCCAUAUGGACUUCAGGACAACAUCACCCAUUUGAACCUGUCUAAUAACCACUUUGUUGACCUCAACCACCAGCUGACUCGGUUUGCCAAUCUGAGGACCCUGGACCUUGCCCACAAUUGGCUCUGGAGCCUCCCAUCUCAUCUGCCCAGGUCGCUGUGGGAAAUCUAUGCUGCACACAACAACAUCAAGAUCCUUCAGAAGCUUGACACGGCUUACCAGUGGAACCUUAAAGUCCUCGAUGUCUCCAGGAACAUGGUGGAAAGGGUCGUUCUGAUCAACAAUACCAUGAGCAGCCUCAAGUUCCUCAACCUCAGUAGCAACAAGCUGUGGACUGUCCCCACCAACAUUCCUUACAACAUAGAGACAGUGGAUCUAUCCAACAACUUCUUGACACAGAUACUACCAGGUACACUGGCGAGGCUCAGCCACCUUUCCACGCUUUACCUGCACAACAACAAGUUCACCUACAUCCCCGACAAAGCUUUGGACCAGCUUACGCAACUCCGGCUAAUCACACUGUACAACAACCCCUGGUCGUGCAGAGACAAUGUGCCGGCCCUCUCCUAUCUGCAUAAAUGGAUUGCAGAAAGCAGCACGACCGUCCUCGGGCUGCCUUGCUCCUACAUGCCCACCGUACCCUGGAAGAGCACCACGCCAUUCCCAGCUGCCCCCGCUGCCGCAGCGGAGAACCGUCUCCUUGUGAAAGCCAUGAAGGCGGCAGAGACAACAGGGUCUCCGAUGACGACUGACCAAACCAAACUUGUCCACCAACCGUUCCGCAUGAAGGACGGCCGUCUCAGCGGGACUGCCGGCCAAGGACUCGCAUUCACAAGUACGGACUGGCCGCUGGUCCUGCACCCAGAAGGUCUGAGCACGGAGAAGCUAAGUUCUUAUGAAGCUGCUGCAGCCACGCACGCAGUCUACAUUCAAGAUCCCGGCUCUGUGGGGUCAAGCACAAUCGGUCUGGCGGGUUCCCUAACUACUCCUAUGACCCUGAGUAUCACCAGCGGGGUACCUACAAACUAUUCCAAGAGACCUCAAAGCACAACUGCUACUGCAAAGAGAGAGGAAUCUACCACCAAGAUUAACCCCCGAUUACACUCCCAAGCAAACACUGGCAAGGGCUACUUGUUUCUCAUCGCGAUGCUUGCCACAGCGGCCCUGGCAACCAGCUAUGGAUGUGUGCUUAAGUAAAUAAAUUGCUUCACAGCUCCAUAUUAAUGAAAUGUUUGGAGGAAAUAAAUGCUUGCGCUCCUCAACGAUUCAAAUUUAAGAAGAAAUGUCUAUUUAGAUCCUGAAAUAUGACUGUAAGGAAUGCAACUCCUCCUAAACUACAAGACUGCACAAAAUUAUGUCUUGAUAACCAAGCUGCUACUUAUCCUAACUAUGUCUUACUGAAUUAAGAAAAAAGAAGCCUAAAUCUAUCAAAUACUUGUUUUUAUGAGAUGUGCUUAUUUUGUAUUUACAUUUUUAAUUUUCUUCACACAAAAAUAUGAAAGAGUCAGUAUUUUAUGUAUAGAGUAUGAAUAGUUUUGUCAUUGAACAUCUGGAAAGAAAAAUAUGAAAGGCUUGUACCAUAUAUGUAUUUGUCUUGCUUGACUUGCUGGUUGGAGAGCCUUGUAAUAUAAAAAGUGCUGGUCCUUGAUAAAAGAUGACAUGCAAAAAUGGAAAGGGGGAGAAAAUAAAGAUAUCUAAAACUUAACUGCUUCUUAUUUUGAGGCAUAUGGGCUGCUGCACGUGCACACACACACACACACACACCCAUGUAGGAUUAAAUUUACGUAAGAGAAUAUGAUGGAAGAAUUUCAAAUAUUUAUUAAAAGAUGCGUACGUUUAUAACAUAUGGCCUGCUUAGCAUUAACCAUGGUUUGUUUCUUUAACUCUCACCAAGUUCUCAGAAGCAUACCAAAACCAUGGUUUAAAUUUACUAAGCUGGACUCUGUCCCAAGAGAGGAUGUGGGGAGACACUGGCAAGACCCAGGUGCCACCUUGCAAGCAGAGGGGCUGAAAAGCACCUUACUUAACCAUGGGCUUUGAAUUUCAGGAGUAGCACUGACUACCACAGUUACGGAAAGCAAACGGAAGGGUGGGCAUUAAUGCAGGGUUGUCUCACCUGCCACUUUCCAGGUCUGUUGGACAGCAAUUCUUGUGAGACCAAUGCCCAUUCUAGAGGAGAGCAAUGGGAAUUGCAGUCCAACACCGUGGAGAAUGCCUGGUUGGAGAAGUCUACCUUGAUGGCUGUGGGAGGCUUUUUGGUAGGCUCUAGAAACUGAUAGGCAGGUUGGCUUUUGUCUUGGAGGCACACUUCCUUCCAACU